CCAAGCGCGUGUGUCUCCGUAUCCCUGCAGCAUCACGCUGCUGCACAUCUGCAGCACUAAUUACACUCACAACACAACCCCGAGAGAGACAUUCACACAAACACUCCAGUCUGAUGUUUUAACGACGGAUUCUGUCUGCAGAAUGUUUUGAUGCGCGUUUGCGACAGAGCAGCUCGUUCACUGCGCGCGCUCCUCAUCACACGGAUUAUUCAUCAGUGAAUCUGUUCAUCUCCAGAGGACUGUGUGCAUCAGAUCUGAAGAACACUGAAGGAGCCUGUAGUGCAGCAUCACAGGAUGGCUGAGAACAGCGCAGAAUGCAACAUCAGGGUGUUGUGUCGCUUCAGACCCCUGAAUCAGUCCGAAAUCCUCCGUGGAGACAAAUAUAUUCCCGCAUUUCAGGGAGAUGACACUGUCAUCAUUGGGGGGAAGCCGUAUGUCUUUGAUAAAGUCUUUCCCACGAACUGCACACAGGAGCAGGUGUACAACAGCUGUGCCAAACAGAUUGUUAAAGAUGUUCUGGACGGCUACAACGGCACCAUCUUUGCAUACGGACAGACAUCUUCUGGAAAAACCUACACCAUGGAGGGAAAACUGCAUGAUCCUAACGGAAGGGGAAUUAUCCCGAGGAUUGCUGAAGACAUUUUCAACCACAUUUACAUCAUGGAUGAAAACCUGGAGUUCCACAUUAAGGUUUCCUACUUUGAAAUCUACAUGGAUAAGAUUCGUGACCUACUUGAUGUGAGUAAGACAAACCUGUCCGUUCAUGAAGACAAGAACCGAGUUCCCUAUGUGAAGGGCUGUACUGAACGUUUUGUUUCCAGCCCGGAUGAAGUGAUGGAUGUUAUUGACGAGGGAAAAGCGAACCGUCACGUCGCUGUUACAAAUAUGAAUGAACACAGCUCCAGGAGUCACAGCAUAUUCCUCAUCAGCAUCAAACAGGAGCACGUGGAGACGGAGCAGAAGCUCUGUGGAAAACUCUACCUGGUGGAUCUGGCCGGGAGCGAGAAGGUGAGUAAGACAGGUGCGGAGGGAGCCGUUCUGGAUGAAGCCAAGAACAUCAACAAGUCUCUGUCGGCGCUGGGAAACGUUAUAUCAGCUCUGGCCGAAGGCACCAAGACUCACGUGCCGUACCGGGACAGUAAGAUGACGCGGAUCCUGCAGGACUCUCUGGGCGGAAACUGCAGAACCACCAUGUUCAUCUGCUGCUCACCUUCAGCCUUCAAUGAUGCCGAGACCAAAUCCACCCUGAUGUUCGGACAACGAGCAAAGACCAUAAAGAACACGGCGUCUGUGAACCUGGAGCUGACAGCGGAGCAGUGGAAGAGGAAAUACGAGAAAGAGAAGGAGAAGAACAAGAACCUGAAAGAGAACAUCCAGAGACUGGAGGCGGAGCUUAACCACUGGCGUAACGUAACAGUAAAUGAUGGUGUAGGUGAAUCAGUGGCUCCGCUGGAUCUGAUGGCUGUGAUUCCUGUGGAAUCUGAUGUCAGUGAAGACGCUGCUUUAGACAAUCAGAGUCCGAGUGUGUGUGUGCCAAUCCCAGAGGAACACCAGCGCAAAUAUGAGGAAGAGAUCCGCAAACUCUACAAACAACUGGACGACAAGGAUGAUGAGAUUAAUUUACAGUGUCAGCUGGUGGAGAAACUGAAGGAGCAAAUGCUGGAUCAAGAAGAGCUGCUGGCGUCGUCGCGUGGAGACGGUGAGCGUGUGACGAGCGAGUUGAGUCGUCUGCAGACGGAGAGCGACAGCGCGAAGGCCGAGGUGAAGGAGGUUCUGCAGGCACUGGAGGAACUCGCUCUGAACUACGACCAGAAGAGUCAGGAGGCCGAAGACAAGAGCCUUCAUAACAGACGACUGACCGAGGAGCUGGCGCAGAAAACCUCGGAUCUCAUGUGUUUGGAGGCGGAGUUUUCCCGGCUACAGGAAGUGAGCGGCCAGCAGAGGAAACGCAUCACUGAGGUGUUAAACACCCUCAUGAAGGAUCUAAACGACUUCAGCUUCAUACUGGGAAACGGUGACCUCAGACUGCCGUGUGACCUGUCGGGUGUGUUGGAGGAGGAAUACGCCGUGGUGCGAGUGUAUGUGAGCAAAGUCAAGUCGGAGCUGAAGUCGGUGGUGAAGCGCUGCAGACAGCUGGAGACGUUACAGUCCGACUGUCACCGCAAGAUGGAGGAGACUGGCCGAGAGCUGUCGUCCUGUCAGCUGCUCAUAUCACAGCAUGAAGCGAAGAUCCGCUCUCUGACCGAAUACAUGCAGAACAUGGAACUCAAGAAAAGACAACUGGAAGAAAACUAUGACUGUCUGAGUGAAGAGCUCGCUAAACUACAGACCGCAGACAGCGGUCAGGAAACUCCGCUGGACACUGACGAGUCUGGAAACGUGAAGAAAGCGGAGCAGAAAGCAGACGUUCACCGCGAGCCGCAGCACAAGCAGCUGGGCCGUCUGCGCGACGACAUCAACCACAAACAGAAGAUCAUCGACGAGCUCAGAGAUGAUAAUCAGAGGCUGAAGCUGCAGCUGGAGCAGAUGAGCGUCGAGUUCAGCGUUCUGAAGAAACGCGAACACGAGAAAUCCAGACAGCUGGAGGAGCUCAGAUAUCUUCAUGAACGACAGGAGCAAACCAAGCAGGACAUGAAGGGUUUGGAGGAGACCGUUGCUCGUGAACUGCAGACGCUCCACAAUCUGAGGAAGCUGUUCGUUCAGGACCUCACGGCUCGAGUUAAACGGAGCUCUGAGCUGGAGCCGGAUGAGAGCGGUGGCUGUUCAACACAGAAACAGAAGAUCUCCUUUCUCGAGAACAACCUGGAACAGCUUACAAAAGUUCACAAACAGCUGGUUCGUGAUAACGCAGAUUUGCGCUGCGAGCUUCCGAAGCUGGAGAAGCGUCUGCGCUCGACGGCCGAGCGGGUUCGGGCGCUGGAGGACGCGCUGACCGAGGCUAAAGAAGGAGCCAUGAAGGACCGGCGCCGCUACCAACAGGAAGUAGAGCGCAUCAAAGACGUCAUGAGGGCCAGAAACCCGUUCCGACGGCCUCAUGCUGCUCUUAUCGCCAAACCGAUUCGUCCAGGACAUUACCCCGCCUCCUUACCUGUCAAUCACAUGUUCAUGCGCAGCAGAGAUGAGCCAAUCACAUUCAGCAAUGUGAUGUUCAACAGCGCCAGUGAAAAACCCAAAUUAACUUCAGCCAAAACCGAGUCCAGUUUGACCAGCGAGACGCUGUCAGCGGACGAGAGACACCUGAGCUCCACACACAAACUGAACACCACCAACAACGGGAAUGGCAGAGAUGUGAAUGAUAACAGUGUGUGUCGCUCUGCGUCCGUCACUGAUGAGCGGUCAGAUGACCUCCAGCACAAACACACUGGUCAAGAGCCGCCCGCCGCCAGCUAAACACCAGCGGUACAGCGACACUGUCAGGCGACCUGUACUUCUGAAUUCUCCUCUGUAUAUAUAUACAUAUAUAUAUAUAUAUAUGCAUGUUGCCUGCAGUUCCAGUGAUGAAUAUGAACCGUCAGCUCACUCGAAUCCGUCACAUAACUUCAAAUUCAGCUUUCAGACACUGACAGAAGCGGUCGACUGCAUGUAGUCCAGUGAUGAAGAGCUUCUGCUGCAAAAUGAGCAGGAAAACAGUGAGAUGAACGAGGUGGAGCGGUCAUCAGCAGACGGGUCAUUCUCAGAAAACAGUCGUGUGUGUCACAACAUUUCAGGAACACGUUAAUUGAACAUAUUAGUACCAACAGUAAUAAACAAUAAUAAUUUCUAGCAGCAUCACUGUAAUCAUUAUUAAAUAGGCAAUGUCCAUAUACGAGAGAAAAUGCAGAAUUAAAAUGCAAAAUUCAGUGAUAAAUGAGACAUGCAAAUUAGCAGAUAUUCUAAUGAAAAAACCAUCCGAUAUGAGAGAAAUGUGUUUCCUGAGAGCGACCCAGAAUCAGUCUGAUGCGGUAUCGUCUACAUUAGUGCGUUAUGAUGAAAUUCUGUAGCUAUUUUUCUGUAGCUGUAACUAUUUUUAUACUCAUAUUUAAACGACAGAGUAGCUUUUGUUGCGAUUUGUAUGCAUUAUUUGUGUUAUCAGUAUCGUUGGAUAAAGAAAAUAACUUUAUUAUCACCUAUAAUAACAAACUCUACAGAGUACUGAAGCUCGUUUCUGCCACAGAAUAAAAUAUAAAAAAGGUAAUAGCGACUGUUUCUCUCACAAUUUCGAGUUUAUCUCACAUUUCUGAGAAAAAGCUGCAAUUAUCUUUUUCAUUUUUGUAAAUUGUGGCAGAAACAAGCUUCCAUAAGAGACAUUCGAUAAUAAAAGAUUAAAAAUAUUAAGAAUUCUACUCAGUUCUUAGUAGAUCAGAUUGUUCCUAGAAUCAGGAUUUUAUACAACAUAAAUGGAGUUGAGAAAGUAUUAUCUUGACAUUUUAUAAAUUCAGAUGUGUGAGAAACAACACACACACACACACACGUGAUCAGACACGGUCACAUCAGUUAGUGUGAACUCUGAUCAGAUACUGAGACAUUUGUGUGUGUGUGUGUGUGUAUGGUCUGACCUUUGACCUGUCUACACAUCUUGAUCUGUCAGUCAGGAUAAGAGAGUCAGGUUAUGAGAAGAAUAUAUAUUUUUGGUAACACUUUAAAGGUUCUGUAAGUGAUUUCAGUCAUUUUGCACCGUUCACUGAAUCUUGUAUAGUAACUCGUGCAGCAGGAAUAGGUUGAUUAGAUACAUUCAUAAAGAUAUAAUGCAUCACUAUAUACAUGUGGGCCGUUUCUAACCAUCUUUAACUGGGAAAAUAACGUUAUUUAAGAUCUCAUUCAGUUUCUUAACUAGUUUUGAAGAGAUUCUGUGCAUCAUCUUGCUUAAAAUGAAUAAUGGCACAUGUGUGGUGAAGAUCUGUAUGAAGGAUUUGUGUUAUAAUUUGCCUUUUUGUGUUUGAUUUUGUCAUGCAUGAUGGACAAACAGGCCUGUAGCAGAACCUUCCAUUAAAAACGUUUCAAUAAAGAGAAUCCAGUUCA